GAACUUUCUGGUUUUCUUGCCAUUAAGAGAAUUCGAUCAAAGUCCGGCAGUUCUCGUUACCUUUCAUGCACCACAUAUAGCACCAAAUAUUCAUAAUCAUGGCACCAGGUGGACUCUCAAACCAGGACGUUUGUAUGAGUAUCACUUCUCUCAGAGAACAGCAAACUUGCUGCCACCUCCGUAUCACACGAACUGUACGAACUAUGAUAAGAUUGGUACAACACCAGCAAGACCGGGAAUUUUGGAUGAACAUUUGUGCGUGAUGGAGUGUAUAGAGAACAUAACUUACAUCGAGUGUGGAAGUUUUUGUUUCCAUUCAUCUCCUUUUUCUCUCGAAUCACACUAUAAAAUUGGAAGGAAAACACGACUAGGAGAUACUAAGGACAGAUGUUUUGGAAAAGUUCUGAAAGAGAAGAAUUUACUGCACUACUGUAAAGGUGUCUGUCGACAACCGUGUAGAAAAAUAACUUACGUCAUAGAAGAAGAAACGAGGGUCUGGCCUCUACCAAAUGAAGAAGAUAUGCUCCAAACCAUACUUAUGUACGGCCUCCAAGAAAUCAAGAGAACCAACACUGAAAAGAUUGAUGACGAAUUUAUAAAGAACCAACUGUUACUUGUUUCAAUACAACCCAGCAAAUCGGAUAGCAUUGUCUACAAUUAUUACCCAAGUUUUCAGGACAUCGAACUUUUUGGCUAUUUUGGUGGGUACCUGGGAAUGUGGCUAGGUUUUUCGGUACUGAGCAUAUCAGACAUUGUGCUAACUUUACUUUCAACUUUGUUCUCCAGAUGUCGCAAAAAGCAAGUAAUAAUGGAUUCGUCUAGUAUUAAUGAACAGAAUCCGGUGACCAAUGGCAAUAAAACUCAGGAUUUUCUUGAAUCUAUUUCAAUCAUCACGGUUAGAGAUUUCCCAUAGAAUUUUUUUCAACUUUUAAGAAACAUUUAGUUUAGGGGAACACAAAUAUAAAGAUAUAUGUAUGUAUGUACGCACGCACUAAAAGUGUUGUUGUUUUUCUCGGUACUUUAUAAUUGAAGUCAAAAAUCAAACCAAUUAUAUUGAUUGACUAUAUCAAACUCAAAUAUGUUUAUC